GCCAGCCUCUCUGGCACACCCUUUCGGAGGGGUGGGGGAAGGAGGUGUGUGUGUCUCUUUAACAAGGGCCCAACCCCACGGCCAGGUAAAGAUUGAGCUAAGUCUCUUUAUAUCCCCACUCAGCCAGCUCAGUCAGGCAAAUCAGGGAGGGAGGCAGGGGAGACUUGGGGAAGAAGUCAGGGAGGAGUCUGGGCAGGUCUAGGAGCCACUUGGCAGUCAGUACCUGAAGCCAAGCCGGAGAGACCCGCUGGAGGAGGACUCGAGGAGGCAGCUGGAAGAGCCCAGUGGCCAACGCAGGGUGUGCCCAGCCCAGGAGCCGAGGGAUUGGGUCUGGAGAAAGAAAGAGCUUGGCUCCGUUUCGAGUAACAGGAGGAUUCCCAGAACUAGGGCCUGGGCGGGGAGUCGGGAGCCUGGGCAGGCUUGGAGGGGGUUUCCGAAGGAUAGGAAGGCUCUCGUUGCUGGAGGUCUUCUCGAAGAGAUCGGAAAACCACUUGUCGGGGAUUGCUGCUCAGAGCCCUGAGCAGGUGAGAUGGCCGAGGAAUGUUACACAGAGCUGGAGCAGGCAAUCCAAGUCCUGGUGGCCAACUUCUACAAAUACGUAUCCAAGCACAGUCUGGUUCGGAACAAGAUCAGCAAAAGCAGUUUUCGGAAAAUGCUGCAGAAAGAACUCAACCACAUGCUGACAGACACCAGCAACCGGAAGGCAGCUGACAAGCUCAUUCAGAACCUGGAUGCCAACCACGAUGGGCGCAUCAGCUUUGAUGAAUAUUGGACCUUGAUAGGUGGGAUCACCUGCCCCAUCGCCAACCUCAUACGCCAGCAGGAGCAGCAAAGCAGUGGCUAGCAGCCCUUCUUUCUCCUGCGGAACCUUCCCCUCCCCAUCACACUGAGGCAUUCUGGCCUUGAACUUCGUUCUUGAGGCUCCAGCCUUCUUCCAGGCCCUGCUCUUUCUCACCUUUUCCUCCUUCCCAUGGACUGUUCUUCCCAUCCCUAAUGAACUGGGGAAGGGUGAGAUAUCCAGGGGACCCCCUGUGGAGUGUCUCAGGGUCCCUUCCCCUCUGCCCCCCUGUCUACCUCCUCCCCUCCUUUCCUUAGUCUUCUUAAGCAGAAGCAGUCUCUGGGGCUUGUCCUCUGGCAUUGCUCUGGGUUGGGAGGCAUUGAUGACUUGUGGCAUCUUGGGUGCCAGCAGCAUCAAUUCAUUCUUGAACCUUCUGUCCCCAGUGAAGUAGGGACAAAAAAAAAACUUGGGGGGGAAACCCUCUGCCCCCUGGUCUAGUAAGGACCCCAGCAAGGGCUUCUGCCUCACCCCUCUUUCCCUUCCAUUCUGCAAUAAAAGCUGGACUUGGAGUCUAAA